ACCUCCGUGUAAACGGAAGUAAACUGUGACCAAGGAGAUUUCCACGUUACAGUUUUUAUUUUUGUUAUUUAUACGGUUUUUGACACCAUGGAACUCUAAAUAUGACUCGUUUAACUGCACAGCAUCACAUACUUACCCAGUGUAGUCUUUAAUUCGCGUUGGAAACAGGACUUGGUUGUUAAAUGUUAUCUAGGUAACGCUUACUAGCUGCUAAGGGUUAACUAACAAUGGCUAACGAUAUGGUUUUUCACACUCAAAUAGCCUCAAUUAUGGAGGUGUUAGCGAAUGCAGCCGUGGCAGAGGUCUGCAAACUCGUAGACGACGACUAUGCAGUGUUUCGUUUGGAAAUAACUCAAAGCCAGAAAGAAAACAGGACAUUAAGGAGGAAACUACAGCUUCUGGAACUGAAGGUGUCACGGGAGCGCGCAGAGAGGACAAUGCGAGAGCGCGUCUACACCAGUCCCAGAAGUGUCAAGCUCGUCGACGCAUACAGAGGAAUGGCAAGAGGUGAAGGACAUCUCACUGGAAGCCACAGGAGCUUUGUGAAGCCAGGGGAACACAAUACAUGGAGAGAUGACCAACCGAUCACUGUUGAUGAGGAAAUUGGAACCUCAACCCAGCACAUUAUCUUGAUUGAGGCUGCAGAUGCAGAGGCUGCAGGUCCUGGGGUCAAGCAGGAGAAGUCUGAAGGAGAGGAGGACCCACAGCACAGCAGAGACAUCCAUAUUGGAGCGCCCCCUGAAUCCACGGAGGACCUCGCCGCCACACCCCAGCCCAAGACCCGACGCAGCAUCAUGGAGGAGGAGGGUCCAGAGAUGCUGCUGGUGAAGGAGGAGGGGUGUGAGGAGGGUCUGGGGAACCCUGAGGGGACCAUGGUCAUGGAGGACAACCAGACUACACCUCCUCCUGAACCCACAGAGGAACUAGCUGAACAGCACAGGACCACACACAGUCUCACUGAGUCAGUAGACAUGGAGGAUGGGAAGCCUGAUCUUCUGCUGGUCAAAGAGGAGACAAUAGAGGAUGAACCAGAGAGCAUUGAUCUGCUGAGUGGACUAAAGAUGGGGGAGCAAGGUGGUUGGCUGGGGGCUAAAAAAGGAGAUUGGGCGGCCAUCUUGGAUUCCCAGACUAGUGCAGCCAAGGGCCCAGGGGACGACAUCACUGAGCAGGCCAGGACCAGAGGCGACAUAGUGGAGGUCAGUGGAUGGGACAGCGUCCUCAACUCUGGGCUGGGGAACAACACUGUUAACCACAACCAGAAACAGACGGUCGAACUCAAAACAACAACCAAACUUAGUCUCCAUGACAACAGACAGGCUGAGACCAGGACGAGGUUUAGAUUUGGUCUGCAGGGACAGGGAGGUGUCCAUAUGCGGCAGGAGAGAACAGACACAGACUCUGCUAGCGAUGUUCCGUCCUGCUCCUAUAGUUGUGAUUCAGAGACACUGAUGGCACCUCAGGUUAACCCCCCAACAGGUACUGCCUUCAGCCUGCCUUCUAUAGGAUCUAUCAACUGGAACAUGGACCCUGCGACAACACAGACACUUCCUGGCCUUCAUCCUCCUCACACUCUCCUUAUGUUAAACCAGACCUCAGACAAUGCCAGUGCCUCAACACUAAAUGGCUACACAAGCCCAUUGACAAAUGACAGUAGUGGUAGUAAUGCUGUCAGCAGAUCCGGUGACAAAGAGAAGCGCUUCCCAUGUUCGUUCUGUGGGAAAGCCUUCAGUUUCCCUAAACAGGUGGAGAUCCACCAGAGGAUGCACACAGGGGAGAAACCAUUCAGCUGCCACCUUUGCCAGGCUAGUUUCUCACACUCCUCCAACCUGAAUAGGCACCAGAGGGUCCACACAGGGGUGAAACCCUUCAGCUGUACCCAGUGUCACAUGUGCUUCACCCAGGCUGGUCACAUGAAGAGGCACCAGAGGGUCCACACAGGUGAGAAACCCUUCAGCUGCCCCCAGUGUGAAAAGAAGUUCUCCCGCCAGAAUCAGCUGAAGAUGCACCUGAAGUUCCACACGGGGUAGAGGCCUCCUACGCACUGCAGGAAGAGGUUCUCAGAGAGGAGCUACCUUAGGAUACACCAGCUGAAAAACCAUUCCACUCUUUAUAAAAGUAAUAAUUCCACUCGAUAGCGUCUGACUUUUAGAUUAAAUCCUACAUUAAAGACAAUUCAUUUGAAUUGUAGUCAGCAGAAAAGAUCCACAGAUGCAUUUGGAAUAACGAAAGUAACAGAUUUCAGUUUUGAAUUUUUCUGGGUAGAAUAUUGCAUCGAGACAAUGUGACAUAUAAGGCAUUUAAGCAAUUCAAAAACGUUCCAUUAUAAAUCUCAAUCUGGGUCAGGUGGGCAUCAUUUGAAAGCAUAUUAUAUUUCCAACAUGACUUGCUAAAUUCUAAAAUACGAUCUUACAGUGUUAGGCUUUGACCACGCACUUUAGACAAACCGAUCGCAUUAGAAUGGAGUCAUAGCCUCCCGGGUGGCGCAGUGGUCUAAGGUACUGCAUCGAAGUGCUAGCUGUGCCACCAGAGACUCUGGGUUCGAGCCCAGGCUCUGUCGCAGUCGGCCGCGACCGGGAGGUCCAUGGGGCGACGUACAAUUGGCCUAGCGUUGUCCGGGUUAGGGAGAGUUUGGCAGGUAGGGAUAUCCUUGUCUCAUCUCGCACCAGCGACUCCUGUGGCGGGCCGGGCGCAGUGCACGCUAACCAGGUCGCCAGGUGCACAGUGUUUCCUCCGACACAUUGGUGCGGCUGGCUUCUGGGUUGGAUGCGCGCUGUGUUAAGUAGCAGUGCGGCUUGGUUGGGUUGUGUUUCGGAGGACGCAUGGCUUUCGACCUUCGUCUCUCCCGAGCCCGUACGGGAGUUGUAGCGAUGAGACAAGAUAGUAACUACUAACAAUUGGAUACCAUAAUUGGGGAGAAAAAGGGGGGCACAUUUUUUUUUAUACAUAUAAAAAAGGAGUCAGUUACGGCCCGAAAAUCGGACGUCUCACAAAAACGUCUGUAGCGUCCGAACGGUUUGGCGUACAAAACUAAUAUUACUAUGGAAAGAUGGGUCUCUCUCAAACACAAUGUUCUCCGUUUUGCUCUACGACCCCACAAGUAUCACAGGUAAUCGGUGCCGAUUUAAAACAAUGAAUGGAAGUAUGGAGGUAGUUUUGUGCCUACCCAAAAAAAGAAGAAUACACUAAGAUCAUAUUUUCUAACUUAGUGAGUCAUGUUGGAAAUAGAACAAGCUUUAAAAUGAUGCCCACCUGACCCAGAUUGAGAUUUAUAAUGGAACAUUUUGCAUUGCUUAAACAACAAUGGUAAUUGUGUUAUGGUGGGAAUACAGGGCUGUGUAAAAUAAAAAGUGUGCUUGCUUCAGUUCCUCAACUUCGAAGCUAGGAGAGCUCAAAAAGCAGCUUAUAUUUGAAGGCUCUUUCCUUGAAUCAUAAAAGUGCAUUGAAAUUAUGUGGGAACUGCACAGUUUGGAGAGGUGUGUGGCCACUUGGAGACACCAGUUAGGCCUCUCACUCAAACCCUUGUAAUUUUCCAAUAAAAUUAUUUUCAUGUUACUGAAUACAUCCAGAGUACUUUGAGAUUUCGUUAUCAACAAAUGCGGCAAAAUCCAGUAAAAGUGAAAUGCACAUAAAAUCAAGUGUUCUGUUUGGAUUCAGUCUUAUCAGAUGAACUGUUGUGUCCUCACCUUUGGAGAUUAUGGAGAAGUGAUCAGACAGGUGGGGCGCCAGGUAUCCUAGUGGUUAGAGCGUUGGGCCAUUAACCAAAAGGUUGCUAAUUCGAAUCCCCGAGCUGACAAGUUAAAAAUCUGUCAUUCAGACCCUGAGCAAGGCAGUUAACCAACUGUUCCUAGGCCAUCAUUGUAAAUAAGAUUUUGUUCUUAAUUGACUUUCUGAGUUAAAUAAAGGCCCAAUUAAAUAAAUAAAUACAUAAAGUGUCCCCUUUGAACUGUUACCAUGGUAAUGCAUAUACUUUUUAUAUUUAUUCUAUAGGAAACAUUUCAAUAUGACCUUUUCCAUAUAGGCCUAUGUCCACAAGUGUAAAGGGUUAAUGAGAAAGGAAUGCACUUUAUCAAGUUCAUGACGAUUUUUUUGUUGAGAUGUGUAUGUGUGGUUUUCUUAUGGUGUAUUUAAAAAUAGUUUAUGUUUAAUAAACACAAAAAUGUGACUUUU